AUGCAACUUUCUGGGUCUAGAUAUUUCAAUCAAAGCCAAAUUCGACAGCAAUCACGUGGUAUUUUGGUAUCUCCUUCAGUAUUUGGAAUAGCGAAACCGCAGAAUGACCAUUUAGAGCUGAUUAUCAAUCCUCCCCCAAUUGUCAGGCGCAAGAAACCUUUUAAGCCAAUAGGUAUAGUAGUUGUAUUCUUCCCAGGAAUUCCAGAAUUUGAGGUAUACUUUCAAAAUAGAGAGCCUGUGGAAGAAUUUAGACAAACUAUCGAAUCAAAGAUUGGAAUUUCUACAGAACCUUACUACAUUGUAUCGCCUAAGGGUAUUAUAAAACCUGGACACACUCUCGAUGAUUACUGCGUAACUGACGGUACCACAAUUUUAUUUGUCGAAAAAGGGAUACGUCAUGCAGAAGCUAUCGAGAGUCGAGAUUUCUGGCUGAAAACCCAUAAAGAGCGAACUAUUAAUCCAAAUAUGAAAAUCGUUUUCCCCAAUACUACUCGUGAAAAGCCGAAGCCAAAGCCUGUUAAGAAAAGGAAAGCUCAAGAGCAAACUACAGUUGAUGCCUUGCAAUCCUUUCUCAAAUCUGUCAAUCUGGAUUUCGUCUUAUAA